AUGGUUUCCAUAAUUAAUUUUUGCAAUUCAAGCGAGGAAUAUUCAUCAUUUAUUAAUUAUAUGCAGGGUGAGUAUUCGGUUUUUGCUUUUGAGAAUGUUUUGUUUUUUACCUCAUGUUCUUUUUCAGAAAAUCAAAUUAAUACAGUAGAUGAAUUCAAAGAUCAUCUACAAUACAAUGUAUUGUCGUUUUUGCGAGCAUUCACUAAUCUUAAUUUUGGAAAACUUGAAACGGACCUUGCAGUUUUUGAAGAAAAUGAAAAUAAAAAGAAUGAACGAAAAAUUGAUGAAGACGAUGAAAUUAUUAAUAAUAUUAUUGAUGAUGAAGAUUGCCAAUGUGAAAAUUUAUGUUGUGCAAAAUUAAGACAAAAAUUGAAUCAUUUGUCCGAAAAAGUUGAUACGAUGGAAAUAUGGAUAAAAAAUGAAAUGAAAAAAAUCGACAAUCCAUUAGUAAUCAAUAAUUCUAUGAAAAAUGGAGAUUUUUUAUUGGAAGAUAAAUGGCUAGUCAAAGGCGAAUUUUUACAUAUCGCCGCUAGAGAUAGUGGCAAUAGCGACCUGGCUAACCUUUUAGAUUCGGUUUUUGGAAGAAAAAUCUUACAAAAAUACAAGUCGAUUAAAGAUCUUCCAAACGAGCUUAAAAAAGCGAUCGAUUUAUUAAUUGAGCAUUAUUCAAGGGCAAAAGUCGUUGAAAAAGGAGGAGAGUAUAAUAAAAUAAAAAAUAAUGCUAAACAACGAAUAAACAAACGUUUUGACAAUUGGAAUCGGUACCAGUUGAAAAAAAAAUUGUCAGUCAAAUCACCAUCCACAUCAAAUGAUGAUUAAUUAAAUGUUGCAAUAUCAUCAUUUUUCGCUUAUUUUUUUAAUUUU